ACGGUUAGGCCACCUGGUGCGAAGGAAAGUGAGGUAGGUCUGUUACGCCCACGCGUAGCCUCUCUACGCACGCUGGUUUGUUGUCAAACAUGAGUGAGACCGUACGACAUUGGGUGGACGUCAAGGAAGCUAGCGCUUCGUCGAAUGGCUUUGCGACUCACCCUCAAACACACAGUAAACUACACCACAACAACUCGCGGUCCACAGGUCAGUGGACAGUGGCUGUUCACGUAUCUAUUGCCGUCCUUGUGCUUUGGAACUGUGUCAUCACGGCCCUGGUUGCUCGGAGUUUUUCAAAUGUGGAAAUACGUAAAAUCGAUUAUAGGAGGCUGCAAAACGAGAAUAGCGAUCUGCGGACACGUUUGGACGCCGUGGAAAUGACUCUAUCGACGAUUAUUGAAUACGUGAAGAAGGAAGAAACCGGAGAAGAAAUCGGGUACGGAGAUAUUUGGAAGCAGUUUUUUGAAGUUAACCAAGAUACUGAUGUGAAAGUGGAAGAAAUCAGACUGAAACGUAGUGAUUCGUCCACAGCAGUCACGGCUGAGCCAAUGCAAAGAGACAAGGGUCGAAAAUCAAAAGGGGGCAAAAGACGACGCAAUAAAGGCGAAUGCAAGAAGCAAUGCCCACAAGGUCCUGCAGGGCAGCCAGGUCAAGCUGGGUCUCCGGGUUUACCUGGCGUGAAUGGCACUCCAGGGGUGAAGGGGGACAGAGGAGAUUACGGAAUUCCAGGUCCAGUAGGUCCAAAGGGUAGCCAAGGAUUACCAGGUCCAAAGUUUGCUGUAACUGCAGCGCACAUUGUGGGAGACUUUCAGAAAGCAUACCGUUCUGGAUCAGAACAGUCUUAG